AUGGCAUUUUUCACCAAAUUGUUGACACUCUUAGGCUUUAAGAAACGUGAGGCCAAUAUACUUGUGGUGGGUCUGGAUAACAGCGGAAAGACUACUAUUAUGAACCACUUUAAGCCUCCAGAAGAGAAGACCAGUGAAAUCGUGCCAACCGUUGGCUUUAAUGUGGAAAAAUUUAAAAUUAAAAACUUAACGUUUACUGCAUUUGAUAUGUCGGGUCAGGGAAGGUAUCGCAACCUAUGGGAACACUAUUAUAAAGGCGUUGAGGGAAUCAUAUUCGUAAUCGACAGCUCAGACUCCUUGCGAUUAGUUGUGGCCAAAGAUGAACUCGAAAUGAUGUUAAAGCAUACGGACAUCGCAUCCAAGCCAUCGAUUCCCAUCUUAUUCUUUGCCAACAAAAUGGACUUAAAAGAGUCACUUUCGAGCGUCAAAAUUAGCCAAACUCUGGGUUUGGAUCAGUUCAAGAACAAGGCCUGGCAUAUACAGGCGUCAAAUGCAAUGACCGGCGAGGGAUUGAUGGAUGGGGUCGAGUGGCUAUCCGAACAACUUAUGCAACAAAACAAAUGAUUUUCAAUUAAAUAUUUUAAUAAAAAACUUUAUCUCAAACGUCUGAAUAUUGUCAUCCAAUAUAUUCUUAACUAUCAUUUGUACCGUAUGUUAGAACUUUGGUUUUGUUAACAAAACAUCACUUAAUUGCCGU